ACGUGGGAUGAAAAACCUUACGAGAUUCUUCCCGGAGGAAGAAUAUCUUAUAUUGAUGAGCAGGACAUUGUGGCCUUCGUGGAUCCUCCCACGGAGCUUAUUCCCCUCGACCCGGAAUCUUACAACCCUGCUGCCUACCUCUGGUUAACUUCAAGCGAUGAAGAAGUUCAUCGACAUGUUUUUUUUUCGUAUUAGUUUUUUAGUCGUUUCUUUCAAUUGCAUUUGGUCACAGAAUGAAGGCAAGGAUUUUUUUUUUUUAGCUUUUUAUCCUUGUUUGAGUUUCCAUUUUAAUUCCGUUUCGCGGGUUUGUUGAAUGAGGGGGAAACGUUCUUGCAAACAAGUAGUAUUUGGCUGGAAGGUAAAACCCGGGCGGUGUGUUUUAUCCAUCUGUGUUUUGCGCGUCUUAGAUGAUUAGAGAGCGCUGUUAUGAAAAACAUGCAUAAUUGUAUACCUUGAACGAAUACAAUGAACACACCAAGAGAUUUUGUUUUGAACCUUCCUGUUGAAAAGAACAAGAACAAGAUAGCUAGGCAGCUCUAGCUUGCCCGAGCUUUACAAAGAACAGAAGUGGUAGAAGUGAAGAACAAUUAUAGGGAAUAUAGAGAGAAUUACUUUCAUUCAUUCAUCCAUAUGUCCCCUAAUUCCUCCUUAAUAGGAGUAUUUAUAUAAUACUAAUAAAAAACUGACCCUGCCUGCUCUCAAAGUCAAACAAGACGACAACAUUGUGGAAGGAGUUGAAUGACAGGUUUCUUGAGGGUGGGAGACAUCAAGGUCUAGCAUGGGGUGUCUUGAAGGAUUGUUGGAUUUGGAGCUGGUGCUGGCCUUGAAUGAUUUGGAAGAGGUGGUUUGGGAAGGGCAUCGAUGAAAUAGACAAGAACUUCGACUCACUUGAGUUUUUUUUGUGAAGAGGUGGAUAUUGACAGUGUGGUUGGGAGGCGAGAUCUGUGCAUAAAUUUGGUGAUCUAGUGGUUAGAAGGCAGUGAAAUUGACACGAUAUGGUGGGUGAUGCAACGAUGUAUCUUGUGGUAUGGGAAGGCAUUGAUUGUUGGAUGCAAGAGAGAUGGUGCGUGCAGACGUGCAGUUGGGUCAGAAGUGGUUUAAUCGGAGGGAAAUUAGGAGGGCUGGACAGUUGUGUUUGGUCUGGAUCUUUAAGGAUUGUUGGAUAUGGAUGAUGAUGAAUAAUAAUUCAAGGACAUCAGCAACUCCAGAAGGAGGUGGAGAUAUAGAGACCAGAACAAAGGUUGGGGAAAUCUCAACUAGAGCGCCAUUGUUGCGAACCUUCCUAUAAAAAUAACAAGAGCAAGAUAACCAGGCAAGUCUAAUUUUCUCAAGCUCGAAGAAGAAGAGAGGGAGAAGAACAACAUGGAAGAGAGAGAACUUUCAUUUAUUCAUCCAUCGAUAUGUACCUUAAAUUCUCUUCAACAGGAGUAUUUAUAUAUUAAAAAAGCUACUAAUCCUUUGCUAACUAAAUUUUAUCUAAUUAACUACUCUUAUCAGCCCAACAUAAUAAUUAAAUCAACUUCAUCCUCAUUAACCUAUCAUUACCUAUGCCUUCAAAACCAACCUUACCCUCAAGGUUGAAUGAAGACACUGAGGUUGUGGAAGAGUUGAAAAUAGGUUUUUUGAGGCUGGAGACAUAGAGAUCUAGUGAGGAGAGGCUUGGCGACAAAGAGAUAUGGCGAGAGGUGGCUUGAUGUAUUGUUUGAUCAGGAAGGCGCUUUCAUCUUGAUGAGUUGAAAAAGGUAGAUUGGGAAGACCGUCGGUGGAAUGACAAGAACUUCAACUCGCUUGAGUUCUCUUGGAAGGAGGUGGAUCUUAAUAAUGUGGUUAGGAGGCGAGAUAUUUGUGUAGAUUUGACAUAGGCUAGGAGCAGCAGGUGGUAGAUAUGAAUCAUAAGAAGGUGUUGACAAUGGGAUGCGUAAGAUGGUGUGGUUAAGCUUUGAGUGGCAUAAUACUGACAAAUCUUGAUGAGGGAAAUGGAGAAGGGACUCGGAGUGGAAUUUGGAGAGGCAUCUGUGCAAUUGGAUUCAAUACUUAUGAUCAUUGAGGAUUGUUGGAUCUGGAUGAUGAUAAAUGACAAUUCAAGGAUGUCAGUAACUCCCAAAAAAAAAAAAGGUGGGGGAGAUAAAAAGACCAUAAAUCAGGUUAGCAAAAUCUCAAUCCGAGAACCACCAUUGUUGUGAAACUUACUGUAGAGAAGAAUAAGAAUAAGAAAGAACAAGAUAACUAGAGAAAUUUGGAUUAGGAAGAUCGUGGCAAUUAGAUUAGGAGGUUGAUUGGAGGUAGGAAUUGCAAAGCUAGAUGAAUUUUGGAGCAAAUUUUAAGGAUAUUCACCCCGAUGUAAAACUGAUGGAAUUUGAAUACUAGAGAAGGAAAAAAGAGAAGAAACUAAGGGAAAUGCCGUGUACUCAACUUGGAUCAAAAGAUAAGUUGUAUGAUUGUCUCAAUAAUAAUAUCAUUCAUCAAUCAAUAAUCCGUUCAAAUAUAAGCCAUGAAUCUCUAUUUAUAGAAAUAUGAUUACAAAGAUUAGAUAUAAUAUUUUGAUAUCAAAUAUAAUCCAAAUCUAAUAGUUCCUAUUAAUCCUAUGUUAUAAAUUGAAAUAAAGAUAAUCUAUUAAAUAAAAUUGUAAUUGCAAUAAAAUAUAAGUCUAAUUUUUAAUAUUAAACAUUUCUUAGAAUAAUCUUCAUGCGUUGCAUCACCUAGCACUUUUGACAAACCCAUAUGUAGAGUAAUAUAACUAAACUUUUUUCAGAAGUUUACAUUUAGUUACCUUUAUUUUGGUCUUCCUCACAAUUUAAUCAAGACGCAAUGGUGUUAAUGGUUGAAUCAGGGCUUGUUGGUGUUUGAGUGUGUGGGAUACACCUUUUGUGAAGCUCCCAAUAGCGUCAACAGAUAUCCCAGCCCACCUAGCACGAAGGGAGUCUUCUCAUAAAUAGUUAAGUUUCUCAUUAGUGUGACUAGACUGCUAGGAGACCUUCCACAUCUAUGACAGCUCUGUUAGUGCUUAUCAACCGGGCUAAGGAAAUCUCCAAUGUUAUCGGAGUCUUGCUUGCAUGCGGGGUGACAUGCCAUAGGGAUAAUCUCCUUACCCCCCUUUCUAUGGGGAUUUGCAAGGAAGUAUUGUAGACCAGCAAAGCCCUUCUUUCAAUUCGUAAUGUUGUUUAUUUUAACGGUUCAUUUUGUAGCUUGUUGACAAGAAAUGUAAAGGCACCUGGUUGUGAAGGUAAAAGUACUCACGAAUUUUGAAAACCGUAGGCCUGAAGUGUGGAUAAAGGUAAGAUUUGGGUAACUAAUUGAAGUUCACUAGAGUUUUUAAACAAUCAAUCAAUAGAAAACCUAAUGAAUGGUUGUCUACGGAAGUAAAGUGAUACCUUGAAAUUAUUUUUUUUUAUGAUAAUUCUGAAAGAUCUUGCAGGUGGCAGCCAUCUUCCAAAGAAUGUUUUUCUUGAUAUGGUUAUACUAUCACGGAAGAAACUUGAAGAUAUUCCUGAAGAAAGGAGGCAUAGAUUGCUCGCUUCACUAAAGCCUAAGCAUAUACCUAAGAUUUGGGAACUAACAGGUACACGUUAUCAGGAUGCUAAGCUGGCUAAACAAGUAGCAUCUGCAUUGCUGUCCAUGGAUGUCAAUUCCAUGCCUCCAGAGUAUUGGAGAUGUAGAACCAGCAAAGGUCCAAUGCCAUUUUCUUGGUUAAAUGACUUCAGAAAGGCCAUUUUCCAAGGGAAGGAUGGGAGCACAUAUGGAAGAAUAAUCCUUCUGUCAAAACUUUAUGGUCCACUGUACUUCACAGUAAGAGAAGUCACGGAGAUAAUUUCUACAGAGCAGCCUUGUGAUCUGGUAUAUGAGUUUGGUGAUGGACUAUUAGACUUGUCUGAAUUUCCCGAAGGCUUCCCUAUACCUGCGAAGCAUCCCUGGCCUUUCAAUGACCAUUUGGUCAUAUACAUUCGACAUGCUGGACCUGGAGUUGUGGUAGGUCAGGCAUGGCAGGAAGGGAAUGAUUUGGAUCAAGUGCCUAAGAAGUUCUGUGGUGAGAUAUUAAUGGUGAAAGACUAUAUUUCGAGUUUAUAACGGUGGUAGGUUCAAUAUUCCUUGUGAUUUUUUCAUAUUACUGAUAUUAAAUAACUGAACGCCAUUUUUUUUUUGUAUGGUUGCUGUUAAUUCUUGAUUGCAACUUAAAUUUCCUAAUUUUUUGGGAUUUUUACUGCUAAUGCAACCAUUCAAUUCUAAUAUACUUCUAGUAUCAAAGAUACUAUUCAAGAAUUCUAGUUGGAACUAA